UGAUACUUUUGUAGUUCUUCCUGAUCUUACAAAAGGUGGCCAUGUUGUUUUUGGAAAGAAUUCCGAUAGACCUAGGGAGGAGGUUCAGGAGGUGAUCUAUCGGCAGUCAAUGGAUCAUGAGGAAGGCUCCAAGCUUCAGGAGGGCUCCUCAGGUGGCUCCUUGUUGCUAGCUACAUGGAUAACUCCAUCCAGUUCAAUCCAUGCCAGGCUCUUGCAAGUCACUGUAAGCCUACCUAGGACCAGAGGGCAAAACCCAGCCCUUCUAUAGAGGUGCAAGGAGCAGAGGGUACUAGAUCACUCUAACCAAGAAAAGGUCACCAGAAAGGUUAACAAGACAAAACAAUCAAUUGGCAAGUUAAAUAGAACAAAGAAAAUGAGACACGAUACACUGAACUGGGUGAACUAUCCAGUCAUGGAGCAGUUUACUCACUCAUUGCACCUGUGCAUUGCCAGAUGGCUGUGUACCUAGCUUGUUGAUCCUCCAGCUAGACAACUCCAGUCAUUUAGCCAGUGCACAUAUAUAGAAAUAGAUCAGGUAGGCCACACUCAUGCAGUUAUACUCAGUAAGCCAUCUUGGAUGUGGGGAGCCGAGAUGGGAGCUAACGAGCAUGGAGUCUGUGUUGGCAACGAGGCUGUGUGGACCAAACUUCAGUCUGACGAGGAUAUCGUAGAAAGACUUCUGGGAAUGGACCUGGUGAGAUUGGCUUUAGAGCGCAGUAGUACAGCAGAAAUGGCAGUGGAUGUUAUCACUUCAUUGCUCGAGAAGCAUGGUCAAGGGGGCCCUUGCUCGGACGAAGAUCCUAGCUUUGUAUACCACAAUAGUUUUCUUAUUGCUGACCAUAAUGAAUCCUGGAUCUUGGAGACUGCUGGCAAUCAUUGGGCUGCUGAACAAGUCAAAAGUGGCUACAGGAAUAUUAGUAACGCAUUGAGUAUUGGGACUAAAAUAGAUAAGAUGAGUGAAGGCUUGAAGGAACUAGCACAAGAGAAGGGAUGGUGGGAUGGUACUGGAGACUUCAACUUCUCUGAGGCAUUUUCAUCAAGUGGAGACUCGUCAGGAGGAAGGAAAGAGUGUGGCGAAAAGCUUUUGGCUCGGCUCUCUGAAGGAGGUGACUUUACCUUGACACAAAUGUUUGAGAUCCUCCGCGACAAGGAAUCUGGAAUUUGCCGUGGCAUAGACCAUGAUCAUCCUACUGCUGGUAGUAUGGUGUCUGUUAUUAGUCAUGGUUCUGGACGGCCUAGUUGCCAUUGGUUUACUGGGACACCUGAUCCCCAGCGUUCGGUGUUUAAGCCAUUUAUCUUCACUGACAAUGUCAAGAUCUCGCCACGAAUUCAGAGCCCUAAGAUUCCUGAUGAUGAGGAUCCUGCAAAGGUUAUUCCUCGAUUUGCUAAGCAAGUAAAUCGAACACACUUGCUGUAUCGACGUCAACAGGCUGCUACCAAGGACGGUGGCAGUAUUGUUGAAACAUUACGGGACCUGGAGAGAAAGUGUGUGCAAGAAACUGAAGCCUGCCUUCAGAACUUUGAUCCAGAAAGGCUGUCUGAGAUGGACGACUUAUUUAAAGAUUGUGUUGAUUCAGAGCUCAAGUUUUAUAAGUAAGGAUUUUUUUUAUUUUUUUUUUUUUUAACAAUUGGUUAUGAAAUUUAUAUACUGGGUAUUUUUUGUGCUGUUUUUCUUGCUAAUUUCAAGGGAGUAAAACAGGCAGUGUUUUAAUCCAGUAUGGUUCUUUCAUAACAUGUUUUGGUAGUUAUUAAAAUAUAUCUAGAGGCCCAGACGGCCAAUUCAAGGAGAGCAAUUUAUCGUUGAAAAUGAAACGUCACCAACACAAUUUGCAAGCAAUCUCUGAUGGAUUUAAAUCUCCUGUAGCAUUUGUGGACAGGAUCUUUGCUUUUCCUCUACAUUGUGGGUGUUUACUCAUAAUGUGGAUUGAACACCAUAGCCUCAUGAUGAGUUCUUCCAGCAGAUUCAUAACAUAUAUAUUGAACAUUAAAUUAGUAAACAUUUUUUUAUACUAUUGUACGCUAGUGUUAUUAGUAGUCACUGUUAGAGCAGUAUUGCAGUCAAGAAUUGAUUGCUUGAUAGAAAUCUGUGACACUUUUUCAAGAAUAUUAAAUUUUUUGUAAAUUCUAAUUCUACUGUAUAUCAAUGAGAAAAAUAUAUUUUCUUAUUGAUAUUCAGUAUAUAAUAAAUUUCACAACUGCAAAUGUGGCAAAUUAAAUUUGCAUAGUACAGUACUUAUGAAUUGGUGAUGAAAAAGAACUACUGUAUUUGCUGUACUGUAUUAAACAUGAUUUUAAUGUGACUUUAGAAGAGUGUGUUGAAUUUAAACUAAAAAAAUGUGAGAAUAUGUAGAGUUGAAAAUGAAUAACUUAAUUUUCAUUGGAGUGACUUGCAUUAAUAUAUUCCGAAGUCUUCUAGACUGUCAUUGAUACUGCAAUUAACUUUCAGGAAUAUAAAGGUUUUAUUAAUGCCUAGAAAUGUUUUGCCUGUAUUACAGUAUGUACUGUGUUUAAGAAUUUGGGUGCUUAUGAGCAUAUUGAAUGUAAAACUAAGUGAAAAGAGAGCACUUGAAAUAGGCAUGAUGAGUGGUAAUAGCAUGUCAUGUGUAUGUUGUUAUAAUAAACUUUGUGCUACAGAGCAAAAUGCUGUUUUUUUUUUUUAUCUCUGAAAUUGAUAAAUAACAGUGAGUGUUCACCUGCGCUAUGUACGAAACAUUUUAAUGCGCGAGGCAGUGUUACUUCCGAUACUGGUGAUAUGUUUAGGGUCGGAGUAAAUUCGUGUAUUUAUGGGAUGAGAGUAAUGUAGUUGUGAAAGUGUGUUUUUUCUUUUAAACACACUUGAUUUUAAUAUAACUUUUUAAAUAAUUUUUUAGGCUCAUUUUAGCUGAUGUUGAUCAUGAUGUGAUCUGCACGGUAUACAUUAGUAUCUUGGUUAACCAUAUCUUUAUUUCCAUUUUUUUUUGGUUUGGUCUAAUUUCCAGGUAAUUUUUUUUAUAAUUUGAAGGUUCACACCUUUUUUUUUUUUGCAUUUGCUAUUUAUAUCCAUUUACAUUAUUUACUUCUCUGCGGGCAUGAUACAACAAAAGGGAUAACUUGAAUUGGUUGCAGUUAAUGUAGGAAUAUCAGUUACCUACACUGCUUGCAAUUAGAAACCUGAAGUAACAGUUUAUGGAACACCUCCAGAGCAGACUGUUGAUAUAAAUAAGUAAUAAAUCCUAGGGAUAGCAUGUAUGAGGUAGCUAACCUGUGGGUCGUAACUCCGAAGUGCCAAGGCUAUACAUAAUUAUUAUGAUUUACAAGCAGUAUGUAAACAACUAGAAGAUACACGAGUUAGUUGCAGGUUUGCUUGGCACUAACACUAUUCAACAUUUUUUAUGGUAGAAACCAAAGAUCAUGGUGAUAUUACCUUUUAAGAGAGUUUCAUAUUUUGUACUUGAACGCAAAUGUUCUUUUCUGUUUUCUUACUAAAUGCUCUCAUAUAAUUAAUAUUUAGAGAGGCGAAAGGUAAGUUUAGCAAGGGUGAUGAGAUUUUCUUUGGGGCUGGGGUUAAGGAUUAAUUGUUCUUGGUAGGGGGAGUUAUUCCAAUUCAUGCAAAACGUUUGGCAUCAUAGCUUUUACUAGAUUACAUAUCACUGUUUUGAAAUCUUGUGUGCUAAUUGUAUUUUGUACUUGACUGUAUCUCUAUUUGAUUGUGUCAUGCGCUUAAUUGUAUCUAGUACUCUCCCACACCAGAAAGUGACUUAUAAUGGAGCCUCACAGGAAACUGUUGCCUGCAAAAGCUAUAUACAUAUAGAUUUAUAUGUAUAUAAACUAUACAGUCUAUAUAUAUAUAAAUAGAUUUUUGCAGAAGUUGAACUUUAAAUUUUGGUGUAGAUUUUGUAGUUUAAAUUUAUAUUAUUCAUAAAUUAAAGUGAUGUAUUUUUAGUAGUUUUGUCUUAAUUCAUUAUAUUGUAUAAUUUAAAGUUUUAUUGAAGAUGUUUAGGAACUCAAUCAUCUGGUUCGUUUUAAUGUUCACACCUAUGAAAGAUUCAUUGGUGUUUUGUCAACAUUUUCUCUGAUAUGCAUUAAGUGACAGAUGAUAAGCCAUAAAUAUAUUCUAGAAUUCUAGAAGUUAGAAUUCCCAUGUCAUAAAUUUUGAUGCUUAUAAUAGGUCUUGUGUUAUUGUAACGGAAAAUAACCAAAAUAUUCAGUGCUUGAAAUUCUAGUCGUGGGAGCAUCAGAUAAUUGGUAUAUGUAGGUGGAUAAGCGAUGCUUUCGUGCAUUAUUAACGUACAGUAUAGGACAAAUUAAGAUGUUUUAAUAAUCUGAAAUGACGUAUGUUUGAUAGGGAUUAAGGUAAUGGGAUUUCCCCGAGCUUAAGUACCAAUAAGGCCACCAUGAAGUAAUAACUUUAGGACUUAGGUGGGGGGGGGGGUGUUUGUCUUAAGUCAUGGUCAAAUUUUGACGUAAGAUUGAUUAUUGACGUAAGAUUGAUUAUGGUUUUGUCUUUUUUUUAAACAGUACAGUAUAGAAGGGUUGAUUUCUGGCAUACCUCCCCAUGAACCAUAGUAUGGUAUUGUCUAUUGCAUGUCACGAAUUAAGCUUGCUUGAAAAUUUUGUAGUAUUGGAGAUGGGUAAGAGUACUGUUCAAGUUGCUGUGUCAUUAAUGGCAACUUGACCAAAUUGGUUCUUGACAUUUAUUGUCAAAUACAAAUAAUAUAAGUUGUCUUACAUUGGUUUCAUUUCCUAAAGCGUAAGUUUUGUUGUAAAAAUUUGUAUAAGAAACCAUCCAGUUGUAAAUGAUCGUGUCAAAACCCAAUUUGGUUAAGCAUAGCUCGUUACAAUCUAUUUCUGGCCAUGUCGAUAAGUUACAUGUUGUUUUUAUGAAAUUUGAGCUUCUCCUGCCAAGUUUUAUUUGAAUAUUUUUGUUAUUUCUUGGAAACUGGUUUUGUAAACACAAAAAUGCCUCUGCUAAGGAGUUAAAUUUCAGUGUUUAGGUUUUACUGUUGUUGAUUAACAAUACGGUCCAUUAAGACCAUAGGUUUGAGUACGCUUGGUAGGUGAACCCUUUCUUCAAGAGUAUUAUAGAGCAUGGAACUGAAUUCCUAACUAUAUAUACAUAAAUAACAAUUUCAGAUUUGUUUGGUCCCACAAAAUUUAGCACUAAACCCCUAUGCACUACUACUGUCAAGAAUGACAUGUCUUGUUCCCAAAACUGUAGCAGGAGUCCCCCACUUCACCUAUCCAUAAUAAAGCCUGCAACUUGUAAA